UGACUGUUCAGCCAAGAGCUGGAGCUUUCAACCCCAAAUCAAGAAAACAGGGCAGGACACUGCACCCUUCUGCAGGACCCACUAUUCCAAGCAACAUUUCACCAAUUUAGAUCAACAGUAGCAAUGAAGACAACACUGGCAACUCUGUCUCUGUGCCUGGUCAUGGCCACAGGUUUCCCUCUGGAGAGGAAAGGGGGCUCACCCUCCAGCCAUGCAGCCAAGGAGAAGCGUGUACAGUACGCAGCGUGGGACGACGUAAAUGUCAUCGCCCAUGGCCUGCUGCAGCUGGGACAGGGGCUGAAGGAGCACGUGGACAAGACCAAAGUCCAGAUGAGGGACAUUUCCAGCAAGCUGAAGGUCUUCAAUCGCACCGUGACAGAGCUGGGGAAGGAAAGCCAGAAACUGCGUGUGGAGGGUGAGGUCCUGAAGGCUCGAGCCCAGGGGCUGGAGGACAGAGAGGGGCAGCUUCUGAACCUCACGGCCGAGCUGAGGGAAAAGGCUGAGGAGAUGCAGCACGAGAGGAGGUCGAUGGGUGAGAGGAUGAGCCGGCUGGAGGAGAAGGUGGACAGCAUGUUGCAGGGAGAUGCGGUGCUGUCUGAGACAAACCCUGGGGCCAAGAACAACAGUGAUGCUCGCAACAUCCAGUUGAUGCUGGAAGGUCAGAACAAACGCAUUGAUGAUCUGAUGGACCGGAUCCGACUCCAACAGGAGAAGCUCGACAAGCAGAAUGUGCGCAUCAGGACGCUACAAAGUCAGCUCCAGCAGUCACGACCGAGGCCAGUCAUGCGCAGCAGCAAAACUGACAGUUCAGUGGAGGAGCAACGCGACUCACCAAUCGAGAUGGCGUCUGACUGUCAUGAGCUCUUCCUGAGAGGAGAAACCAACAGUGGGGUCUACACAAUCCAACCCAUCAAUGCAGAGCCCUUUAAGGUCUUCUGUGAGAUGACAGCUGAUGGCGGGUGGACGGUGAUCCAAAGGCGCCAAGAUGGCUCAGUGGACUUUGACCAGCUAUGGCAAGCCUACGAGAAAGGCUUUGGCAGCCUUAAUGGAGAGUUCUGGUUGGGUCUAGAAAAGAUGCACUCCAUUGCUAAGGAUGGAGGCUACACCCUGAACAUCAAGCUUUCUGACUGGAGUGGUGAUGUGGCAUCCGUACGCCUCCCCUUCAAAUUAGCCGGAGAGGAAACAAAGUACUCGCUCCAGAUUCAGGAGACCAGCACUUUUAGCCCAUUGGAGAGUUCACUGGGGACCGACGCCACCUCCGGCCUGCCUUUUUCAACCCGUGACCAAGAUAACGACCAGAAAAAUGACAUCAACUGUGCCAAGCACCUCUCUGGUGGCUGGUGGUUCAGUAACUGCGGUCGCUCUAACCUAAAUGGAAGAUACUUCCAGAGCCCUCCACCCAAGCAGCGACACCAAAGGAAGCAAAGCAUCUUCUGGAAGACUUGGAGGGGGCGCUACUACCCUCUGAAGUCCAGCGUUAUGAUGAUCGCCCCCGCCGCAAUCGACAACAAGUCUUAAAGAAUAUAAAGAGACAGAAAGAAAGGGUUGAGACCAAGAGAGAGGGGGAGAAAGAAGUAGAUUUUGGACUAUUCUUUCUUUUCUUGGUUCUUAGUUGAUGAGGUAGAGAUUUUCAUUUUCCCUGGUCAUCUCCCUUCGACCUCAUACCAGAGCCAAAGCCCUCAAAAUGGAACUCAUAUGAAUGAGAUCCUGGUAUUCAUAGCUCUGUUACUCUGAGAGACAAGCAGAUUCCUUCCCUGCACGUACAGACACAGAUGGAAAAAGAGACAAAAUAUGCAGUGGAAACAUGUAUACACGAUGUACUAUCGAGUUGAUUCCUUCUGUAGCAUGAAGCAGGGCCCAAUAGUCAGGAGAGCGUCACGGGGCAAAUCCCAGCAUGUUCAACAUCCUGUAAGCCACAACAUGUCGACACUCAUCACAAGACAUUUGAUGUAUGGGCUGUUAGGUUUUAAUGUGGUUUUGUAGCAAAAAGAGAGCACUCGCAUCCAAAAACAGCUCUUGGUUGUGGGGCGCAGAUGGCCUAGUAGUUAGGUUGAACCCUGCGUACGGAGGCUAUAGUCCUCCAAGCGGUCGGCUCGGGUUUGAUUUUGGCCUGUGGCUCCUUUCCCGCAUGUCCUCCACUCCACUCCACUGUUCUCUACAAUUAAAGCAAAAAGCCACAAAAAAAUCUUAAAAAAAAAAAAGAAAAAGAAUAGCUCUUGGGAGGAAGCAUGUAGGAGUGACAUUAAGGCAGAUUAAGCAAGCUUUUAAACCCAAUGGUGUGGACCAAAUGGCAAUUUAAUUUAAACAAAGAGUAAUUUUCAUGUUAAGAUUAGUGUUCAAAGGCAUUAUGUAAAGUUAUAAAUCACUGUUAAGUAGGAUUACGAUGGAGAAACUGUGUUAAGACUUGUGUUAGAAAAAUAGUUUACAGGGCACUUUUGUUCACAAUGAUUUCUGACAACGACUUCCAAUAGUAUUCAGCUUUUUCUUCACUUUCUUUAAAUUUAAGAGGAGAUUUUGACGAUGUUAAGUCACAUUGACUUUCUUUAAGAUGCGAGUUAUGUUAUGUAUAUAGUGUAUGACGGACUGUCAUCUGUCUUUUCUGAAAUAUAACUGUUGUGACAUUUUCUGUCAUCUUUGGGACAUGAGACUUUGUUCUUGUAGACGUUCCCUUUCUUAUUUAAAAGCUGUAAAGAAUCAACAUAUAUAUAUAUAUAUAUAUUUCUGGUGCUCACUGUUUGUAAUUUAUAUGGUCUUUUCGUUCUGAUGUAAAACUGUUUUAUAUGAGAGAAUAACCAUUUUUGGCCACAAUGAGCCAAUAAAAUUGAUUUAAAAUAA